AUGGCUGUCGAAGAAUCAGACGAAGAGCUUCUGGUCGUAGCAUCGCCGAAGAAACAGAAAGCAGCACCUCAGCAUGCCUUGGUCUAUGCGUCAACGGCACGGAGGGCGCCAGGAGCACAUCACACUGAUGUUGCCUUGCCGCGAAUAGCCCAGAGCCGGUCUUCAGAGCUUGCACGAGCGCUCGCAGCCGAGCGAAAGCCUCGCGACCUCACGGACCGACGUGACAAGCCUGCAUCAUCCUUCUUGGCUGCAUCUACAAAGGUGCAUACUUUACUAAAGCAUCAGGAAUUCCGACGCAAUGCAUCUCGCGCGACGUCCUUUGGUGAACCAGCUGCAAGGAGGCACCGGCGUAUAUUCCAGGCAGACGAGCAGCCUCACGCAAGCACGUCGCGUGCCACGCAAGCUGACCGUCUUCCGUCUCAGCCAUGCUCACCCGACCCAGCGCGUCAGCGUGGUGACGAUCUCACACUCGUCGAAGAUCUCGAGCCGUGUCCCCUUCCUCAUAGGCAGCGUCCAGACGAUCCAGACUAUCAGCAGAUCGAGCCUUAUUCGGGGAUCAGAUUGCGGGACCGCAUACUCGCCCAUGCAGAGCUCGAGGAGCAUCUCGAAGAUCGGUUCUACCUCUCACCACGGCGGAUCUACUCGAUGGUGCGCGAAGUGCCUGGCCGUGCCGGCCAUCUCGAUCUGCCUAUCGAACGCGACUGGAUCGUCAUCGGCAUACUGUGCGAAAAGAGUCCAAUCAGGAUGACAAGUCAGAUCGGCGAUAUAAAUCAGCCCGCACAGGAUGAACCUGCCGACGAAGAGCUCGACGAAGUAUUGGGCUCUGCUGCUGGCAAGGGACGCAGAGGCAAUGCAUUGCAAGCAAAGCAGCGGACGAAAAAGUCCAGGCGAUACAUCAGCUUCAAGUUCGUUGACCUCGGUUCACUCAAUGCGGGCGGUGGAGAAGGCGUGAUGAAUGUGCAACUCUUCGAGGCCGAGCAUGAGCUCGAGCAUCGAUCAGGACACUCGUCGGACGAAGAGCAAAUUACCGCCAAAAGAUACCGCAUCCGAAAAGAGACGUACUCCCGCGAUGGCCAAGGCAGGAAAGGUCAGAUCCAGAAACGGCAUUAUACUGGCGGCAGUGGCGGAGCAUACGAGGCUUUCUGGAAGGCGCAAAACGGCACCGUCGUCGCAAUUCUCAAUCCGAACCUUAGGCGACAGCGUCCGCUACCGGGCAGGCCAGAUACAAAGAUGAUCAUGCUCUCGCCAGAGAAUGCUACAUCUGUGCUGCUCAUUGGUCACGCCAGAGACCUCGGCGAGUGCGAAGCGACUAGACGAGACGGCCAGCCUUGUACCGCCUGGUGUGAUCGAAGAGCCCACCCGGUCUGCGACUUCCACCUCGAGAGCAAUCUUGCGAAGCAAAGAGCAAGACGGCCAGAGUUCUCUACGGGUAAUUCAGGAAUGUCCACAGGCCUCACACGUGGCAAAGCUGCUCGAAAGGGCGCCGUCAAAGGCGGCGGCAAGCUUGGCUUUGGGCCAGCACGCGAAGACGACAAGCCCGACUAUGCGAAUAAGACUGGCUUGCUGCCUCGCAAUAACAAAACCGUCAUCGAGGGGGUGACGACCUUUGUCAUGGCCAGCUCGCUCACGGAGAUGCCCAAGCGACGCCGCUUUGGCGAGUCGACCUACUCUGAGCCUUUAGACCCAAGCUCGAAAGAAGCGAAGAAACGUCGCCACGACCAAUCAGAGAAGGAGAUUCGUCUUAAAGAGGGAUUCGCAGAGAUGCUCAAAAAUGACCGCGGUUCGAUUGGCGCUCAGUACUUGCGAGAGGUCCAAGCGAACAAAACCGCUCGGUCUGAGGGCGCUGCGCCGACCACUGCAGCUCAGGAAGAUCAAGCGCAACUAGCAAUGCAGCGAGAGCUCAAGCAGCGAGUCUACGAUCCUACGAAGCUCCGCAUGAUGGGCUUUGAUCCCGUCGCCGACAAACACACAACCAGAAGUUUCGUCGAUCCAGAGUCUCAACAAGCUCAGAGCAAAGCAAUGGCAGCGCUUGAAGCCAAGCGAGCCAAAUCCAGGAUCAACCCUAAGCUCAAUGCGCCGCCCACGAGGGUCUCAAAUGUGCGUGCACCACUAAGCCCGGUCACUCCUGCCGAGCUGCUUGUUGAGCUCGAGAUCAGCCGUCCGCUGUCCGACAGCUGUGCUGCGAAGCCACAAUGGCGCUCUCGCUCGCGUCAUGUCUCGCAAGCGUUGCAGCAUGUGCAGCACUUGUGA